UUGCCAUGAACAUGACCUGAUUUAAAUACAUCAAUAAAAUAAUAAGGGAUUCCCCUGCAUUACAAUAAUUGUGUGUGAACAAAAAACAAGUUUUCUCUCAAACUAGCUCUAGAUCAAUGAACCGUUAGAACGUGACUAUGAAAGUAACAUCUGAAAAGUCACAAGUGAUUUUAUGGGCGUGCUCAUCAUUGCUCGUUUUGUUACUAAAGGGAAAGACGGUGAGUUGGUGUGGUACGCAAUGGAAAGUGUUUGUUCAAAGUGCACAGUGUUUACGUAUGUAUAUGAGAUCAUGGUACAGUCCCUUAACGAUGCAUACAUAAAUAUAACUGUUUAUUAUCCCACAUUUUCCUCCUAACUCUCGAGGACACAACGCGUUAAAUAUUUUUAAUUAAUAAUAUAAUAAAAUGAAAUUUUCACUGCUCCUACCGCUUGCUUUAAUUUUCGUGUCACAAGUUCAUAGUGAAAAUAGUACUAUUGAAAAUAAUGGAGUGAGAGAUAAAAGGCAAUGGUUUUGGCCCGGUCCUCCAGAAGAAACAACUCCUACGUUCGUUCUUUACAAGGCUACAACCCAGAAACCUAAACCCCAAAAACCUACAAAUAAUCAAAACUCUAAACUGACCGACCCAUGUGCGAUAGUCGAACCGGUCAAGCCAAAUUUUUCUAAGCCAGGAAGAAGAAUCAGCGAAGAAAGUAAGUUUAAGACUUUCUUAAUAUCUGCUGCGAUUGGUUGGCAAACAAUAUUUGGUGGUUGGACGUUCAAAUGUGGUGCAACGAUCAUAAGCCCAAGGUUCUUGGUGACUGCCGCUCACUGCACUAAGUCCAAGCCGCAUAGGAUCCUUCAGAACACUGUCCCAGAGAUUGUCAGACUUGGUGUCGUAAAUUUAAAGCAUUUUCCCAACAACGAUGCUGUAGAUGUGAAUAUUUCUAGAAUAAUGAAAUAUCCGAAGUACAAAUCACCCAGAAAAUACUUUGAUAUAGCGUUAUUGGAAUUGCAAGAAGAAGUGAAAUUUGGUGCUGCGAUUCAACCAGCAUGUCUUUGGAGUAAGUCAAGCACCAAAGAAUUAGGGAAAAGAGUUGUCGCGUCAGGCUGGGGGAUCACUAAUGUUGACAAAAGAAGUCCAUCUUCGUUACUGCGUACAGUGAAUCUCCUCAUGAUUAAUGAAGAGUUGUGUGAACACCUGCUCAAGCCAUUCGCCAAUAGACAUUGGUCCAAGCUGGCUGAUCAUCAGCUCUGUGCCGGGGAACUAGCAGGUGGACUAGACGCUUGUCAGGGCGAUUCUGGUGGGCCAUUGCAAGUACAGAUGGAUAAUAAUCAGCACAAAAUGUACUAUCUGAUCGGGGUGACAUCUUUCGGCUAUAGCUGUGGCCUCCCAAAUGUCCCCGGACUAUAUACGAGAGUAGCUAGUUUUAUAGACUGGAUAGAAGAUAAUGUUUGGAAGGAAGAUAUUGAUAGACUUAGCAGAAAUACCUCAACACUAAUUUCAAAACCCAUAAGAUAAGGAAAGUAAUUAUUUGUACAC